AUGGAAGCAUCACCGCUGACGAGGCAGCCUCCGCCCGAGGUGUUUAAGCCCAAGGUUGUUGAGCUGUAUGAGGGGUUGUUCAAGGGCGACGAAGACGAUGACCGGACCGAAGGUUUUUGGCGCGAGUUCUUCCUGCUGAGGCCGGACCGCGCGGCGCUGCGGCGGAUACUGGACGGCCUCGGGCCCGCGGACAUGCUUGCGCUCGAGGAGCAGACGAGGGAGCUGUUCGCGAGGGCGGUGGGCGCUGUGAAGAGCGGGCAGGGGGUUGCGGAUCUGCAUGCGCUUGAUACAUUGAGCAUAUUCCUGUGCUCGGCGCUUUCGAAAAAGUAUGCGCACCCGAGUUCGGACAUCAUCAACGUGCUGGCGGGGAUCGACCACGUCGACACCGUCUUUACGGACUUCGUCGGCGCGCUGGAUCUGAUUAUACGGAGCGGGAAGAGCUUGGAGCUGAGGCAGAAGGCGGUUGAGGUGGUGCUCGCUGUUACGGCCGGGGCGUACCAGACGAGUCUGUUGACGUAUUUCAUUCAGAGGGAUCUUUUUCCCGCGGUCAUGAAGUUCAUCCAAGACGCGGACUCGACACAACGCAUCCUCUACCCCUUUACCCUCCUCGGCCUGCUCGCCAACUACAACAAGUUUGAAUUCCAGAACCCGUACCAGAUGCGCCUCAACGAUUUCGUCAACGAAGCGACGAUACGGAAGAUCAUCAGGUGCGUGGGCGAGACGUGUCAGAGCUUGAGGACGCAGUACGUGGACGUCCAGGAGGACCUGCCCGAGGGUUGGACACUGAACGGGACGCUGCGGAUGAUGGGGCUGGGUGUCGUCGCCAGGGGGCCGAAGCCGGAGAAGAAGCCCGUAUACGACGCCGAGACGAUGAAGACCAUGUUCACGAACUUACCAGGGGAAGAAGCCGCCGUUCUCCUGGCCACAUACGACUUCACGCACGCCAACAAGCUCUUCUGCUUCAACCUCGCCACACUCCCCGCCGAAAAGGGCGCCGAGCAGCCCCUCGCCGCCUUCACCUCGCUCACCUCCUACCUCCUCCAGCACGCGCACCUCUCGGAGCGCACGACGCACUACUCGCACCUCAACCUCAUGGUGUUCCGCCUGCUGAUCGAGGACCCGGUGCUCUGCAAGCGCAUCUGCAGCGACGAGAGCAAGACGGCCGUGCGCCUGUGCCGCCAGCGCCAGCCGUACCUGCCCCUCGUCCGCGGCGAGCGCAUCCUCGCGACGGCGGUGCUGGACACCAUGGUCGACGGCAUCACGCACAACCUGCGCCGCCGGCUCGACGUCGGGCUGUACACGCUGUGCGUGGGCAUCAUGCUGCGCGUCGUGUCGUACCUGAGCCGCAGCCGCACGCGGCUCGCGUACCACUGGGCGGACCUGUUCCGCGCGCUGCUGAAUUUGGUCAGGUUCCUGACGACGUACGUCGCGGACCUGAAGGACCUGGCGCAGGUGGACCUGCUGGUGGACAACGUGGUAAACCUGCUCGCGCUAUCGCUGUCGGCGGGCGAGGCGUUCCUGCCGGGCGCGGCGGCGUACGACGAUUUGUUCUACAAAGUCGUCGAGACGGGGGACGUGCUGGGCAAGUUCAAGGAGAGCUACGCGCUGGGGAAGAGGCAGAGCAACUCGAUCGACACGCUGAUUAGUGUGAGCACGCAUUACAAGGAGCUGCUGGAGGGCGGGCGCAAGAAGGCGAACCUGACGAGCGUGGAGGUGACGGAGGUGAUUAAGCAGGGGUACGAGACGUUGAGUAUACAGGCGAAGGAGGGGCUGGAUACGUGGGAGAGGUAUCGGGAGGCGGACGAGAGGAGUUUGUUGAAGAAGAUGGCGAGGGCGGCGGUGGGGGAUGUGAGGGGGAUGGUUGAGCGGUCAUGA